AUGGCAGACCCGCUGUCCACCCCGCGCUUAACCAGUCCUCACCUCGAACACUUCACCUCCCGCACAAUCCGCCUCGUUGGGCGCGUAACCCAACUCCGCGGCGACAACGCCACGCUCGACAGUGACGGAGCGGUGACCGCGCACCUGAACCGAGAUUCGCAUCUCACGGUGGGCAACUGGGUCGAGGUUGUGGGCAAGGUGAAUGGGGAUUUGAGCGUGCGGGUGUUGGUUAGUAGGGAUUUGGGACGGGAUGUUGAUUUCGAGGCUGUCAAAGCGGUGGUUGACGCAACGCAUCGGUAUAAGGAGAUUUUCUACUCGGAGCAAUGA